CAUAAAUAGCUCGGGCACUGAGUACUGAGCUGGCAGUUGCUGCCACCAGUGUUACUCACGUUUUCCUGAGAUUUCCCUUCCCCGAGGCAGCCAGAAACGAUGGGUAAUUUUCUAUCUUGGCUCAGUGACGCAGCACCUCCAAAGACCACAUUUUCUGUCGACCAAAUUCCAGACCUGACAGGAAAAGUAGUUAUUGUCACUGGUGCCAGCACAGGGAUCGGAAAGGAGACUGCGAAGGCUCUACUCGCACAUGGUGCCAAAGUUUACAUUGCGGCUCGCAACCAGGCUUCUUCAGAGGAGGCAAUUCGUCAACUGAAGCAGGAAACUGGGAACGAGGCCAUAUUUUUGAAACUUGACCUUGGAGACCUGAAGGCAAUCAAGGUGUCUGCUGAAGAGUUCCUGAGCAAAGAGACACAACUUCAUAUUCUCAUAAAUAAUGCUGGGGUUAUGGUGCCGCCGACGGAGCUAGUGACUGCAGAUGGUUAUGACCUCCAAUUUGGAACGAACGUCCUUGGUCACUACUACUUCACAAAGCUCCUGCUUCCCAUUCUCACUUCGACGGCUAAAGCCACUCCCGAAAGCAAAGUCCGGGUUGUGAACGUCUCCUCCUGCGCCCAUUUAUUUGGACAGCUCGAUUUUAACACCUUCAAAGAUGGCCCGGCUCGAAAGAAAUGGACGAGGGCCAGCCUUUACAACCAAAGCAAAUUCGGGAAUAUCGUGCUUGCUCUUGAAUUGGCGAAGCGAUACGGUGACCAAGGUAUUAUUUCGACGGCGUUGAAUCCUGGAAAUAUCAAGUCGGAAUUGCAGCGCCACGUUGAGCCUCAGCUUCCGAGUAUCGUCAAGCAGUUUUUGAGCGCGGUGGUGCUGUAUGAAACGUCUCAGGGUGCCCUUACGCAGUUGUAUGCUGCCACGUCCCCGGAAGCUGCUAAUUUGAAUGGCAAGUAUCUUGUCCCAUGGGCUCGUGUGGGGUCACCUAGGCAGGAAACCCAAGAUGCUCAACUCGGCAAGGCGCUGUGGGAGUGGCUGGAGGAACAAGUCAAAGAUAUAUAAUUCGAAGAUCCUCUCGAGCAAGUUUGCAUUGCAAGUUGUGUAGCAUCGAUGUACAAUUAGUGUUCUGACUUUCGUAGUGCCUCUUUAUCUACGAGCGGUGAAAAUGAGAAUUAAGCAACAACAAGAGAAGAGCGAAUGCUAGAGCUUUUCAGCCUUCUUCAUCAGAGGAAGAACCCAGAGGAAUAAAACGCUUUGCACUGGAAGUUAGUACGGCCGAGCUUGGAAGCACAUGGUUAAGCCAACCGUCCACGAACAUGCACUGGCACUCACCAUAGACAUCUGUGCGCGUCGAUCACGCAAACUCAUAGUUGCGGACCUGGAAUCAAGCGUAGGUAAUGGCAGCAUUCCAGGAUCAGAAAGAUUGGAUGGAAUGAACACAUGAGACGAUGUAGCGAAUGUGACUUGGCGCCGUGUCAUUCCACCUGUAACAUGCUGAACCUGAGUUUUCAAAACGGGCUGGACUGGGACUGGGGC